AUGAUAAGAAUGGUACUUAAGUUUGUCGUAAUGGUGAUAGUAUGUGCACAAAUCUUAGCUCCAAUCGCUGAAGCUGCUCAAGGAAAAGCUGUCUUUUACGAUCCUCCCUACACUCGGUCUGCUUGUUAUGGGACACAACAUGAUACAAUGGUAGUCGGACUCAAGAGCAAUCUGUAUCAAGGAGGUCUUGCUUGUGGUCGGAGGUACAGGGUUCGAUGCAUUGGUCCUACAUACGACUUUCCGAGAGCGUGUACCGGACAUACUGUGGACGUUAAGGUAGUUGAUUUUUGUCGGGAGCCUUGCGAUGGCGAUCUUAAUCUCUCUCGUGACGCUUUUGGGGUCAUUGCUAAUACUGAUGCCGGUAACGUCCUGGUCGAAUACACUCCGUAA